AGACGAUGGUGGGUUUCAGUUUAGUUUUUGUUUCGGUUCGCGCAUCAUGUGGAAAAGCCGCGGUCCGCGCCCCGAACCACUAGCAUAGCGAACUACGAAGAAGAAAAGCAGCGACGAGUUUUCCGCGCGAGGGUGAGAUCAUCCUGGGUAUCCUGAGGAACGGCAGCAAGAUUCGCGCCGCGCGACGAACUUUUCUUUCGGCUGUUGGGAGAGUGGAUGAUUGGUGAGACUUCGUGCGACGAGUACAAGGAUAUUCCAGUGACCGGGAGUUGUUCGCACGCAGUUCGAGAGGAACGUAGAACGAGACCAGCUGCGUCGUCGAAAGGAUACGGUCGGUUUCGGUGCCAAGUGUGGGAUUGGGCAUUUUAGAGCUGUGUGGACUAGUCGAUGGCCUAUCCUGAACAGGACACAUCCUAGGAUCUAAGGUGGCAAGUUUUACGAAAAUACCUCAUUGUGGAAGCGAAGGACGAAGCGAUCAAGGAUUACAGUGAUUUCGAUUUGUUGAAGAGGAACGAAGCAAAACCCCAAACUGUGAUAAAGUGAAACUCAAGAAAAUUUUGCAAGGAAUAAAACCGGAUACAGUGCAGAAGUCAUUCCCAAACGAUCGAUUUUUAUUUCCGGCAGAAGCAAACACAAAUCAAAAGUUGGAAGAAACAACCGGAAACCUCAAAGUACAAAAGCAGAUGAAUUUAUUUUAAUAGGUGUAACAGAAAAGCAAAAUUUUCGGAAUUUUCUAUUGACGAAGAAUAAGUGUUGGUUGUCGGAAAAAAGUGAAAAUACACUAUAAAAGAAAAAGCAAUCGCGAGAGAGAAGGAGAAAUAUCCAGUGACACAAUUCUAUCCGGAGAAACCCUUUGACCUCAAGUCGCGUACUAUAGAUUCCUCAACUAUACUGAUAUCAAAACAGGAUUUCGAAAUCCAAGUGUGAAGAAAUAUCCAACCUCGCCAGUGGAAAAAAUAAAAUCAGUGAUAUCCAGUAGCCGAACCUGUGUUUGUGUGUGUGCAUGCGUAUGUGCGUAUGCGUUCGUGCACCAUCAGUGGUGGUUCAGAUCUCGACCGACAUUACAACAUAGCUUGUUGUGGAACACCAAUUUUCGUAAUCCUCACCCGAGCGAGAGAAACUCCGCGCGCAUAGGACACACUGUCGUCGAAGGACGGAGAGCUUUCAGCCCCCUGUGCCCCGCGCGUACGCCACCUUACACACAUACCGCACGCCACGUGGACCCCUCCGGGCCCUAACUCCCGGACCUAACGGACACUUUGCCCAGUGCCAGUGUGUGUGUCUCGAGAAGCGGUAUCCUGCCAACCACCGGGAAUCGCAGAUUUCAAUAAGAUCUCACGACCUGGAUGCCGCAGCAGUCAUCUUUUGAGACUAUCGGCGGAUCAAUAAAGCUUCAACAUCAUCGCCCGGAGUAUAAUGUCCACUGGUGAACCGGACUCAGCCGGAUCCCAUGGACUAGGACUUGCAGUUGCACUAGGCGGGGGCUCCUCGACCACCUCAUCAACCACCGGCUCGUCACUCUCCAUUAUGGAGCCCCCCGCGAGUAUCAUCAUGAAAGCCAAGGAAGAGCCGGAUUGUGAUAUGGAACGGAACAUAGACUCCAGCAUGGACAGCAGCGCCUUGGCAACGUGUCUUUCGACGACGAUCUCGGCCCUAAGAGCUAGUCACAAUGCCAGUCUCAGCGAGGCCAACCGUGGCAACAGCGUUGACGAUAACCUCUCGGACAAUUCGGAACCAACGAACGAUCAACGAUCCGCAGCAGCAGCCCAACUCCUAGAGAGUCUCAAGAACAACCUCAACAACAACAACAACUCGAGUGCAAUUAACAACAACAACCUGCUACAUGCGAACAACAAUAACAACAAUAAUAACAACAAUGGCAACCGGAAACUGUUCGAAUGCGAUGUGUGCAAUAUGAAGUUCUCCAAUGGCGCUAACAUGCGUCGGCACAAGAUGCGCCACACCGGAGUAAAACCCUACGAAUGUCGCGUCUGUCAGAAGCGAUUCUUCCGCAAGGACCACCUGGCGGAGCACUUUACCACUCACACCAAAACACUGCCCUACCAUUGUCCGAUCUGCAAUCGAGGUUUCCAAAGACAGAUAGCCAUGCGCGCACAUUUCCAAAACGAGCACGUUGGACAGCACGACCUCGUCAAAACCUGCCCUCUUUGUAGCUACCGAGCGGGAACAAUGAAAUCCCUACGGGUACACUUCUUCAACAGGCACGGCAUCGAUCUGGACAACCCCGGCCCAGGAACUCCAUCAUCCCUACUGCUAGCCCUAGAUCAGCAUAAUCCAGCCAAUCUCUUGCCGGCUUUGGCCGCCAUGAACGCCGUCAACGCGUUCAGCGAUUCCGGCGACUCUAUGCGUUCGGUAGACAAUGCGACACCCCCAAUGCACUUCCUCACGCCGCACGUGGAAAUCUCGAUGGCGGACAACAACGAAGUGGCCCUGAAUUGCAGUCGGGACGCUUUGAACGGUACGGGUCACGGCAACAGCACCAACAACGAACCGAGCAGCGCUCGGGACAACGGAAGCGAUCGCAGCGGCAGCAACGACCGAAGCACUCCGACCCCAUCGAUUUCCUCCGGCUUGGACAUCAAAGCCAUCGUGCGGCCCCCGAAUGGCGGCUCGCCCUCGUCACCGCAUUCGGCCGACUCCAACGCACCCUCCAGUUCCCACUUGUCCUCCAUGCUUCCAUCUCAAGUACAAAGCUCAAGGCACAUUAUUUUUGAUAACUCUAUUACCCCGUCAAUCAGCCUGAUUCCGAUCAAACAGGAACCCACGACAAACGAUGAGUACAAUGAAACCAAACCACGAAGUAAUAGCACUUCGGAAAAUCCGACCUCCAACAUUAGCAAUUCGAGUGAGAGUGUGACACCGUCCUCCAGCCUUACGUCGCUGAUCAAGGUGUCCCCACUCAAGUCGCUCCUCCGCGAGGAUCUCAAACGGCGAAUCUCAGCCCGGGCCACGAGCCGUGCCAACCGCAACGGGUUGCUUACCUCACCGAACCCGGCCAGCAGUCCGAUCCCGAACAGCUGCAACAACGCUACCUCCUCACCGGCCCCGGAGUGUGGCACUUCGUCGAGCAGCUCCAGCAGCAGCAGUAGUAGCAGCAGCAGCAGUAGCAGCAGUGGCAUCGGCACCAGCGUCAACGGUACCUCCAGCAGCAGCAGCUGCAGUAUCAGCAACAGCGCUACGGCCGUCGCAGUGGCAACUACCUCAAACGGGACGAUCACGUCCACAGGGCCGGAAACCGACAUGCUCCUGUCCGGGGGACCCAAGUCCAAACGACAUCUGCAGUGUCUCUUCUGCGGCAUCGAGUUCCCCGACCAGACGCUGUACUUCCUCCACAAGGGCUGCCACAGCGAGAGCAACCCGUGGAAGUGCAAUAUCUGCGGUGAACAGAUGUGCAACGUCUACGAGUUCAACUCCCAUCUGCUCAGCAAGAGCCAUCAAUGAUGUUAGGCGAGGGAAAGGGAAACAUUUUGCUGGUAAUGUUUCUCUUUUUCUGAUCGCUUAACUCCUUCAGAAAUCAAACACACUCAACAAAAAAAUCCAUGCAAAAUGAGAAGAACACUCACACACCAAGAACCGAACAAACGAACAAUAGCGAUUUUCUCACACUUUUCUAUAUGGGUUGGACUGAAUCUCUUUUCUCCUCACCCGGAAGCGAAUAUUCUUUUUUGUGUUUAGAGUACAAUACAGAUGAUUCUUUCAGUUUCCUUAACCAAAUCAACAGUGGUGAACAGACUCAAGACAGGGAUUAACACAGUGAUGUAAAGUAGUCGUAACUGACUUUAAAGUGUUUGUUAGGAUUCACCUCAUUUCCGGACGUUUAUGCUUCUAACGGACUAUGUUGCUUCAAAAAUCUUUUAUCAAUCAGCUUUGCUUUACUCUCCUAUCCUAAAAGAAAAUCACGCAAAACCUUCGAGGAGAAAAGGUAAAAUCUAUUAAAAUACAAAACAACAGAGAUAAAAGUAUAUUUAUUGUCCGUCCAAUAGAGUUAAAUCAUGAAGAAAUCGAGAGAGAGAGCAAGAAAACGUAGAAGCAAAACACACUCACAAGAAACACAACAAAUAGCCAAAGGUAGAAACAAAAAAAAGUAACGAAAGAUUGAACAAAUCAAAAUGGCGGGAGAUGAAAAGAGGUAGCGUUUGCUCGCGGCCGGUUACGCGUGAACGGUUUCCGCCCUUGUGCACCACAUUUGGCUUUGCCUCCCUGUUGGCCAUUUGGCCCCUUUGUGAAGAGUGCGGCGUGUGUUAGUAUCGCGAGGAUCGGCACAAUUAAAAGAAGAAGAAAAUCAACGACCAAAAAACGGAGAUCAUAAAGUAUCUCAAAUAGACGUCUGUUCAGGAAUUGUAAUUUUGUUCAUAGAUUAGAUCUUGAUAGUUAAAACUAAACUUGUAGGGAUGGUUGACAGUAAAUAUAUACAAACACAAACACAUAAAACUUACAACAGCAACAAAAGUAACACACAAACACUGUAGCAAUAACGAAUGGCCGGUAGGAAAGCAAUACCAGCGGGCCGAAAUGUGGAUGACAACGAAUAACUGGAAAAAAGGAGGGAACCAAGCGAAUGAUGAUGGGCAAAUGUGUUGAAGGAUUAGACCGAGGUUUAGACACAAGGAUUAUUUGAUAUUUCUUAAAAAAUUUGGUCUUCAAAAGAAAUCUAAGGGUCGAUUUCUUCACCCUUGCUUAGACCUUAAACCUAAUUUAACUAUAUGGGUAAGCGUGGUUUACGGCUUAAGCGAAGGUGAAGAAAUCGGCCCUAAGUAAAAUAAUGAAUGUAGUAUUUUUAAAUACAGAUUUUAACGAGUCAUUAUGACCGCACCACGCGAACUCUUUUUUGGUGGGGACCAAACUAGCUGACAUUUGGCUUAUGUCGUCUGAGAGCUGAUCGAUUCUAUAUAGAUUCGUUGUCAAGCAUUCAGUUUACUUAUUUGACCUUUACCAGAAAGUGAGUACGCUUGUGGUAGUCAUUAGCGAUCGUUGAAAAGCUGGAUAAUCUGCAGUCUCCAGAGCUGAUAGUCAUUGUUGAGAUAUUAUUUACAAUCGGUCUUUGAGAUUCUGUGAAUAUCUUGAAAAUGGAAUUUUCAACAACAUAUAACAACAUAUAACAAACCAGAUUUUCUGGUAGGAAUCAAACCAACUGACGUUUGUGUUUGGUUUGCACUAUGUGUUACAUCGAUUUAUAUGUGCUUUUAGUUAGAUCCUCUCCUGACAAUGUGUAAGCUUUUCUAUAGAAUCGUUUUAUCUUGUUAUUGAUUGCACCAAAAUGCAAAUCAGCAACCAUAACUGAAAAAUGUUAAAAGUAAUAUAUGCACAAGUAUUUUUCCCUCCCUGCGUUCCGUAAUCAGUUUUCAUUUGGAAAACGAUUUUCGUAACGUUGAUAACGCUUGCUGUACGAAGUAAACUGAACUGUUACUUUGCCUUGCGAUAAGGCAUCAAAUAAAAAUAGAUUAGCUUUCUAUUCUUCAGGACUUCAUGAAAGAUAUUUCCAGAAGCAGGUGGAAACGAUAGGAGGUAUUUCCCUGAUUGGACGCCAUUUAUCAAGUUUACUCAUGACUAAUGUUUUCAAGUAACUCUGUUAAAUUCGCCGCUUGUCACAGCAUUUCUAAUUCAUAAAAGAGUAGAAGAAGUUUAUGACACUAAAAAACUUUUCUACUAACAUCUAGGGCACCUACUCAAAUUUGGCGCCAAGACCAAAAAGUAGGAAGUAUCAAUCCCAGAAUCAAAACCCAUUCCCUUAGAACACGCAUUGAUGCUCAUCACCGUCCGCUUGGAUCGCCUUGAAUUUCCAGUUUUCGCCCCCGGAGACGGUUUACGUGACUGUACCGCGUGCGCGUGACAUUUUUCUGUUCAUAACUAGGAUAAGAAGUAGGUUUUAAGUUGUUUUUUUUUGCUUUUGAUUUGCGUUUUUUUUUUCUGUACAGAACCCCAAUAAAUUAAGGAGUCGAAUUCUGAUGGUGCAACGAUAGAUGGGAUUUGAAGGUUGUAAUACAAUCACUGGACAGUCAUGCCAAGUGACAACCCGACAGAAUCCAUGUUCAUUAAGUUUGAUAGAUUUUCGCGUUUUUUUUUCUUUUGUUAGAUUGUGUACAGUUUAUAGGUUGAAGAUUUUUGUUUUUAGUUGAAAGAGUUACAUUUGCAUAGACUUUGUUUUGUUAGGUUAAAGUUUUCGUCGUAAAAGUUUAUUGGACAAAAAACAGAGUAAGGCGAAAUGGAACUAAUGAAACCAUUACAAGGAUAUAGCUAUAUUUAUACAAAUCUUCUUGUUAUUGUUAUUGAGAGGAAUCAUGGAUUGAUUAUUACAUCUUAAAUAGAAACGAAGCUUGAAGACAGCUGCCAGUUGACAGAAGCAAAGGGGAUGUUAUAUUCUUUAUUCUGGUUAGGAUUAGGAUCCUUUAACUUUGUAGCCGUAUGAGUAGACACAGACAGGACAAGAAAUGGUACUUAAAUAUUUCGAAAACCUACGGAAAACCAAUAGUUCAAAUAGUGAAAACAAUAUAUCAAAAAGCACCACCACCACCAACAAUGCCCACUGCAUAGAGUUGACUAUAGAAAAAGCCUCACUAACACUUCCACAUCAAUGAAUAUUUGCUGGACCAAACGUUGCUCAUAAUCACCGUUUCACUGUACCAAAAAUCAAAAAACAAAACAAAUAGCCUAACUUAGAAAUCCUAUUUACUUUACAAAACUUUAACUCAAGUCAUUGAAACGGGAUAAGCAGUUUUAGGAAACAAGUUUUACCACACAACCACAAACAUACCCCCUUCCAUUCGGAAACGAUCCAACACAAACACUACGAAAUCGAUGGUACCUAAAUCGCAGAGAAACAAGUCAAAAAUGUUCAAAACAAAUGAACUAAAUUUUAUAUAGAUGUUUCUUUUACUCAAAGAGAUGAUAAUCGAAGCAAAAUUUUAGAAAGUAACAUUAUUUCAUUCAAUUUCGAGAAUUUCAAAAACUUGUUCAAAAUUCACUUUUAACACAAAAUUAAUCAAAAUCAAAUAUUCAAAAUUUUCAUAGUAUGAGAACUAACAUAAAGCAUAAAGUUUACUCUUUCUCUUAAAGCUUUCUAGCUAUUGUAUGAAACGUUCGUUAAACGAAUGAAAUGUGAAAUAAAUUUCGAUUCUGCACAAAAAUAUGAUCUAAUCAAGCUACAGGCGAAACACACUAAAAAUUUACACGGCUAAGCAAAAAUCUAUUGGCAUCUCUAUUAGGAAAAUUACUAUCGUUUCCAUUCUAGUUCUCUCAUCAGAAGAAAAGAUUGGUGAAAUGUGUAAAUAUUGUUCCCUAACAAAGAAACAAAAACCGGAUAGCAGCUAAAAUUUCCCCAGGAAACACAAAAACCCCCUUUAGAAUGAUGUUACAAAGAACGGUGCCUUCCCUGAUGCGGAUGAAAAAUGAAACGAGAGAAAUGAGAAGAUGGCAAGAAUACAAUUCAAGGGCAUACGUGAAACAAGUGCAAGUCUCGUCACCUGCUUCGCUUCUUGGGCAGGAGGAAUCGACAAGGACAUACAGUUGAACACAAAUACACACAGAAACACACAAAGUAGUAGAGUCAGGAAACCAAAAAGAAGAUAACAAAACGCAAGAGUCGGAUGGAACCGGGUUCAAGACAUAAACCAAGAAUGAUCGACAGGAUAGUUCAUAGGAAAUAGGAAGCAACCAAGCACUAGAGAGCAGUUAAGCAGAUUAGCGGGAAAACUAGCAAAGCAAACAUAAAACAGUAGAUAGACACAAAUAUAUUUUCAAAUAAAGAAGUUAAAACAAAGUGCAAGCAAAAAAAAAUGAAGCAAAUUUUUAAAACAAGGGGAAAUAGUGAAAUAAAAUAGCUUACACACCGUAAACAAGAAAACCCAACAUUAAAGCAACAGGCCUUAUAACCUAGUGGAAACAGGAACGCGAGAGGGAUGGCAAAAGAAGCGAAGAAGCAGAUAAACGGAGACAAAGCGGAAGGAAACCAAAACAAGCAAAAAAAAGUUUCAGAAGAAAACAAAACUGAAAGAUAAGAUAAUUAUAGGACAAGCAGAGUUAGAUUUUUUUUAUAUUGACGUAGCAUGCAAAGAGAACUUAUAAAUUAAAAACAAAGUAAGCGAUAAUUAUUAUUAUACAAAGAAUUAGAGAAAAAGGAAGUUUAAACAUAUUGAACAAAAAGUAGUUUUAUCGACUUGUAAGCUAACGUUUAAAUUAAACCACAACCACACAUCUUACUCUUGCUGCAAGAAGAGAGAGGGUAAAUGCGAGAGAAUGAAUGCAAGCGAGCGAAAGAGAGUGAGUGAGCGAGAAAGUUGAAAAGAGAAACAUGUUAAAAGAUUAUGUUAAGCUGCAGGCAAACAAAAUACACUGAGAAAGAAUUGCGAUUUAUUAAAACAUUCCGUCUACAUGUGAUUUUUAGAACUAUAGUUGGAUUGAACAAAGCAAAACAAAAAAAAAGUACUGCGACGAAAGAGUAACGCAAGCACACAGUUAUAGCAGUAAGCGAUUAUUAGUGAAAUUGAAAACGUUUUUUUUUUCGUGUCUGACGGUCGUUAUAUAUGUAUAAACAUAGGUUGUAUUUUUUGCGUCUGCUAGAGGUUUAUUUUUUGGCAAAAAGUUAUUUUCUCUUACACCCAAACAGCCCCCACAGAAAGAUAUUUUAAGUGCGUUCUAGCGGUUAAGUGUUAUCCAGUAGUAAAUGGAUGUGACUCCACUUUGUUUUUGAUUUUUAACAGAAUCGAGUUCGGUUUCGUACAGCCCUCCGUAGAAAUAGUUAAUUAGUAGAAAGAUAAAUAAAAAAUAAAACACGAAACAAGGGACGACAGUAGAAGAAAUCGAUACCAAGCAAGUAUGUACUUUCCCAAGCAAGGCUCAUUCGUCUGAUUGUUUGUUGAUUCAAGUCGUGAAAAGAAAACUGCAACAGAAGCGCUCUUAUUAAUCUAAAUUAGUUAGCAAAAAUGUAUUAUUGUACGUAAUUAGUUCUAAAUUUUGUUUGUUUUCGGAUUUUGUUAGCGUCUAGUUAUUUUUUUUUUUGGCAAAAGUAAAUGAAACGUUUUGAUAUUCUUUGUUAUAUACUCAUUUGGAAAGCUGAAAAUACUAAAAAAAAAUCACAUUACAUGAACAAAAUUUUUCACGGUCAUCUUUACGUGGUCGACUUAUGAUUAAACUAAAUGCUAAGAAAUGUAAGACAAAAAAACACACAACACAUUCAAAAUUUGA